UAAAAAUUACCCAGCUGUCUGUUUCUUUCAAAACGACGACCAAUCAGAACAACACACUUCAAAGGAGAUUUUUUAUGGCCGAAGAAGUUCCAGGGUUCUCUCUUCUCUCUCUGUUGUGUAGCUUGCAGAUGGAGCUCUCUCCUCCACCACAUCUAUUGAUUCCGAGGAUUCGAAGUCCACAACACGUGGUGAGGUUGUGGAAUCUGAAUCUUACUCCCAGUCCAAGGAGGUGGAGGCGGAGGUGGAGGCGGAGAUGGAUGGAAGUUCCAAGAGCGUCGAGGGCACUGGAACAGGCUGGGGGGAAGAUGGUGGUGGAGUUGGUGGGAGCGUUCAACGAGCUCACGGACAGGAUGAAUGUGCUUUCAACGAGUUCUUCGAGGAUACUCUUCAAGGCUCUGAAGCUGUCCAUUCCAAUACUGCAGAACUUACCCCUGGCUCCUGAUGGCCGGUCUCCUCUCUCCAAGGCUUUGUCUGUGGCUCUUGUUCUUGCCGAUCUUCAGAUGGAUGCAGAAGUUAUUUCGGCUAGUAUAUUAACUCAAGUUUUUGAGGCUGGUGCAAUAUCCAUACAUGAAGUCAGUUAUCGCAUGGGUACUGGUACUGCUCAUCUACUGCAUGAAAUUUUGCGUGUGAAGCACAUUCCUUUAAGAAUUGAAGUUUUAGAUGAUGAUGGUGCUGCUGCUUUAAGGAAGUUCUGCCUUACCUACUAUGAUAUUCGAGCUGUGAUUCUGGACUUAGCUCUCAAGCUUGAUAUGAUGAGGCAUUUGGAUUAUCUGCCUAGAUAUCAGCAGCAAAUGCUGUCUCUACAAGUUAUGAAGAUACAUGCCCCCUUGGCUUAUGCCGUUGGAACUAACUACUUGUCAUUGGAGCUGGAGGAUCUCUCAUUUCGCUACCUUUUCCCGUAUUCAUACCUCUAUGUGGAUACAUGGCUACGCAGCCAUGAGACGGGAAAUAAGUCUUUAAUUGAUACGUACAUGGAAGAGCUGCAUUGUUCGCUUAAAGCAGAUCCUAUCUUAGCAGACAUGGUGGAGGAUAUCUCCAUCAAAGGUCGCUAUAAAAGUCGGUUCAGCACAAUGAAGAAGCUCUUGAAAGACGGUCGCAAGCCAGAGGAGGUGAAUGAUGUUUUAGGUUUACGGGUAAUUCUGAGUCCCAGAUCUACAGAAAAUAUGCCAGAAGUAGGUGAAAAGGCAUGCUACAGGACACGUGAAAUUAUCCAAUCUUUGUGGAAAGAAAUGCCACACAGAACAAAAGACUAUAUUGCCAGGCCCAAAGCCAAUGGAUAUAGGAGCUUACAUAUGGCAGUUGAUGUGAGUGACAAUGGCAAAUCUAGACCACUAAUGGAAAUUCAAAUAAGAACUGUGGAGAUGGACCUGCAGGCAGUUGAUGGAAUGGCAUCACAUUCAUUGUACAAGGGUGGUCUUACUGAUCCAGAAGAGGCAAAGCGGCUCAAGGCUAUAAUGAUGGCAGCUGCUGAACUUGCAGCAUUGCGUCUUAGGGAUCUUCCAUCUGCUAAAGGGAUUGAGAUUGAUCACAGAGAGAGAGUAUUUCGUCUUUUCGACAAGAAUGGUGAUGGCCAGAUCAGCAUUGACGAACUUAUGGAAGUGAUGGAAGAGCUUGGUGCGCCAGGGGAAGAUGCUAGGGAGAUGAUGCAGCUCCUUGAUGCAAAUAGUGAUGGUUCUUUGAGCUCUGAUGAAUUUGACACAUUUCAGAAACAGGUUGAAUUCAUGCGAGCUUUAGAGGACAGAGAUGAUGAAUACAAGACCAUGUUGAAUGAGAAACUUAAAAUGGCAGAAGAUAGUGGCUUGAUUAAGCUAUAUGGUCAAGAGCUUGGCAACAAGCUUGCAAACUAGGACCUGUUAAAUGCUGUACAUAAUAUCCUGAAACUGAAUAUUUUUCCUUUUUGUGAAAAAAAAAAAGGUUUAUAGGUUGCAACUGUGAACCCAAAUAGGCUAAAUAAAUUCCCAAGUAUAAAAUUGCAAGUAAUUAUUUGUUAGAGCCUGGAAUCUAGGGGUGUUCACGUUUGAGCCCUAUCAGUUUCUCUAUCUUCUCUUCUAUGUGCUAUCUGCACUGUCCUCAACUUAAAAUCUUUAGCGACUUCAAACUAAGAUUUUCUUGACGUCGACAGCACAAACCUCCAGAGACUUCAAGUGUUAGUUGGUUCCUCUCUGCUUUGCCAUCACCUAUGCCUUUCAAGGUAUGCUUAGGUGGAUUGGUGGUGAUCUUAAAAACAAAAGUUGGUAUGUCAUUGAGGUGUGGGCUAAUGCUAUUUUUCUGAGAUGGGCUCUUGCAACUAGCUGUUGUAUUUUACUGAAUUUUGGAGGCUUUUUUUUUUUUUUUUCUGUAUUUGUUCCCCUAUCCCUUCCCUUUAACCUUUUGUUUGUUUUAUUAUAAAUCUAUAGUAUUUACUUUCAAAAAUCGAUAGUGUAGAAAUUAAUUCAAACAAGAAAUAGUUCAGCUUCUUUCACUUGUCUAUAUUGAAUUAUUUUAACAAGCAAUUUAGUCUAAUUCCAGUGUUUCUAU